AAAUUCACCUUCAUUUUACUCCAACGGUUAGUCCACUUUUUGUCAGACAAAUUAUAAAUGGAGCCUCCAUUUGUUCACCAUUGGACAUGCUCUUAGGCAACGCAGGUUCUCGUUCCCCUCUCUUCGUUCACAAUCUCACCUCACCUUCAGAAUAAAGAACCUUCAGAGCUGUUCCCUCAAAAGAAACCCUAGCCUCCUCCAUCGCCGCCACGGUUCUUCUCACUAUCGCCGUCUGUCGCGCUCAAGAUCUUCGUCUGUUUGCCGUGAUCGAGCCCCUCUCCUCAUUCGCCAAUUACCAACUUCGUCGCUUCAACCCCUCAUCCUGCUCAGUCGAGCUUCGCGCGCCGUCCCUCGUCGUUCUCGUCGCCGGGUCCGCUCUCCAUCUUUCUCUGCUCAAACUGCUUAUACACGCGUUCUGUGUCGUGAUUUAUUUUUUGAUUUGACAAUUUGAUGCAGCAAUCGGGUUUUUUAUUAAAGUCUUAUUCUUGUUAAAUUGUUCUUGUUUCCAUGCAUAACUUGUCCUUGUGCUCUAAAGUUUUAUUAAGUUUGGGUUUGACAUAGGUUGGAUGAAUUUUGGUAAUGGUGAUGUCAUCUGAUGAGAUUUGGCCCUUAGUAGCCUUUGAUUUGGUUUAUAUAUGGUUUAUGUAUUGGCUUUAGGUUUUCAAAUAAGCUAGUAGAAUUAAUUUUGAAUUUACCAUUUCUUUUCUCCCAAGUUACCUUGAUGGAACAUGUUGGUUUUAGUAGAAUUAUUCUUUUUGUUGAACUGUACAGCACACAGAAGGAUUACAGGUAAAUUGUGGGGUUAUUGCAGUUGAAUACUGUCACAAUGAUAUCAGAUGAGUCUCUCUUCCACUACUCACUCGUCGCAUUUUACCUCAUAGCGCCGCCAACCUUUAUCUCCCUGAUGUUCCUACAAGCUCCAUAUGGAAAACACCACAGGCCAGGUUGGGGGCCGACGCUGCCUCCCCCACUGGCAUGGUUCCUCAUGGAGAGUCCCACAUUGUGGCUCACCCUCUUGCUCUUCCCACAUGGCCGACACUUCUCAAACCCAAAAUCCAUGAUCCUCAUGAGCCCUUACCUACUUCACUACUUCAACCGUACUUGCAUUUACCCUUUGAGCCUCCUUCGAAGGAGCCCAUCGGGAAAUGGCAAGAAAACUUCACAUGGAUUCCCUCUAAGUAUUGCGCUCACGGCAUUUUUCUUCAACUUGUUGAAUGCUUACCUUCAAGCUAGAUGGGUGUCUCACUAUAAGGACAACUAUGAUGGUGAUGGUAAUGAUUGGUUUUUCUGGUUGGCGUUUUUUGUGGGGUUGUUUGUGUUUUUGUGUGGGAUGAGGAUCAAUAUUGUGUCUGAUAGGGAGUUGUUGAGGCUCAAGGGUGAAGGGAAGGGCUAUGUUAUUCCAAGGGGAGGGUUGUUUGAGCUUGUGGCUUGCCCAAACUACUUUGGGGAGAUCUUGGAAUGGCUUGGUUGGGGAGUGAUGACAUGGUCUUGGGUUGGAUUCGGGUUCUUCAUCUACACUUGUGCAAACUUGGUGCCAAGGGCAAUUGCAAAUCGCCAAUGGUACUUGGACAAAUUUGGUGGGGAUUAUCCUAAGAGCCGGAAAGCUGUUAUUCCAUACUUAAUUUGAUUUUAGGAACUCCUUUUCUGUUGCAUUUUUUUCUGGGAUAGGUUUCAAUGGUAAGACAAAAUUGAAAUUUUGUUUUUGGUGCUUUUCAAUAAAACAUGGAAUAUCCAUAAUUUUGUGAUAUAACGUUGGAUUUUUGUGAUGCUUAGGUCCUUCUAGUAACCCGUUUUCUUAGGAUUGCUAUCUGACUGUUAUUCUGUGUUUUUAGUAGUAUUUUAUAUUUUUCAAGAUUAUGACACCAGUUCUUCAAACUUCAAAGUACACUCCUUUUAUAUAUCUUAUGUCUAUGAUACAACAUGAUUCUUAAUAGUGCUA